AUGUGUAAAAGUGUAAUCGAAAACAGACUCGAUGGAACGACCGUGGCGGGAAAAUAUAAUAUUAAUAAAAAAAACUUCAAAACUCGAAGAAGAAUGCGCGGGAAUUUUUAUAAUACGAUGUUUUUGAGAACUUCUUUGUUUAUUUUUGUUUUUUUUAAUUGUUUUUUUAAUGUUAUGUGUGUCGAUGAUGAUGUAUUGACGUUACAAGGAGGUAUAGAUGAGAAAGAUGUCGAUUUACCAUCGGACAGAAGGCGGCCUGUAAAUGAGCAAGAAAAAGAUAUUUUAAUGUUAGGAGCUCUCGGGAGACGUAAAGGGUCAUAUCAUAAUGGCUAUGGUUCGUCCCAAGAAGAUGAUUCUAUCAUGGAUUUGUUGGGGAAAAUGAUCCCCCAAACUUGCCGUUACAGGGGUGCUCGAUACCCAUGUGGGUUGAGUAUAUCCUGCGUCCUAGGGGGUGGGAAGCCCCUAGACCUAUGUUCAGGUGGCAUGAUCUGGGCCUGCUGUGUGGAUAGGGAGACCACUGAGCGACCCACUGAGGUAGCACCCGUUGUUCAUAAUGCUAGUUGCGGUGAGCAUUUCACCAGAUCCAACCGUAUUGUUGGUGGACAUUCGACUGGCUUUGGUUCCCAUCCGUGGCAAGCUGCUCUCAUCAAGUCAGGGUUCCUGAGCAAGAAGCUGGCUUGUGGUGGAGCUCUGAUCUCUGACAGAUGGGUGAUCACUGCAGCUCAUUGUGUGGCUACCACUCCAAACAAUCAGCUCCGCGUUCGUCUCGGCGAGUGGGACGUGCGGGACUCAGGGGAGAGGUACUCCCACGAGGAGUUCGCAGUACAACGCAAGGAGGUGCAUCCCUCGUAUGAACCAGCUGACUUCAGGAACGAUGUGGCACUAGUCCAACUUGAUAGAGGCGUAGUUUUUAAACAACAUAUUUUACCGGUAUGUCUUCCUCAAAAGCAGAUGAAGCUAGCUGGAAAGAUGGCCACGGUUGCAGGAUGGGGCAGAACGAGGCAUGGACAAAGCUCUGUGCCUUCUGUGUUACAGGAAGUGGAUGUAGAAGUAAUCCCUAAUGAACGUUGUCAGCGGUGGUUCCGAGCUGCUGGGAGAAGGGAGACCAUCCAUGACGUAUUCCUUUGUGCAGGGUAUAAAGAGGGUGGUAGAGACUCUUGCCAGGGUGACAGCGGAGGCCCUCUAACAAUGAAACUGGAGGGGCGAAGCACCCUCAUAGGCCUCGUCUCGUGGGGCAUCGGCUGUGGUCGAGAACACUUACCAGGCGUAUACACAAACAUACAAAAAUUCGUACCAUGGAUAGACAAACUCGUAAAUCCUUGA